AUGUCUCUUGCAUUCGAGCCUUCUGUUCUGCAAGAUCUUGGCCUUGAUGCUGCUUUGCAAGCCAAAAACAUUACAACAGACACUAAUCCUACCGGUUUUCAGUAUUUAUUAAGGCCGUUGAAGUCUACUGACUAUGAUUAUUUGCACCUUUUGAAGCAGCUAACCGUUGUGGGAGAUAUAUCUAAAGAGGAAUUUGAAUGCCGCUUUAAGGAAUUCACUUCCCGUCCAAACACAUACUUCAUAGUUGUUUUGGAAGAUUUGCCUCUCCGUAAAUUGAUUGGAUGUGCGACUUUACUUGUCGAGCUGAAAAUGAUCCAUAAUCGCUCUAAACGUGGCCACAUUGAGGAUGUUGUGAUCGAUGAGGCUUACCGUAGCAAAGGUCUUGGGAAGCUAUUGGUUUCUGUUCUAAUCGAAGUUGGCCGGUCGCAGGGAUGCUAUAAGAUUUCGCUUGAUUGUAACUCUGAUAAGGUGGCCUUUUACGAACGCAAUGGCUUCAAACAGGAGACAAUAUCUAUAUCAGCUGAAAUACGCAUGUACAAUUCCCUAAUGAACUGGAAAUUCGUAAAAAGUGGUGGGGAGAGGUAUGUCAGCUCACCCAUCAUUAUUGCCUGCCCCUACGAUUAA